AGCCUGGCGAGGGUCCUUCCCUGCCCACCGCGCCUCUCCUUCGCUCGCUCGCCUGCCUCCCCCCACCCCCGAGCCCUCCCCGCGGCUCAGCCCCUCUGAAGGACACGCCAGGGUCUCCGGCUUGGCCUCCCACCCUGCGCAGCGCAGCGGACGCCGCAUGGAUGGAGGGCAGGCGAGGCGGCUUCUGCUCCUCCGCUGGGUUUAAACCGCGAGGCGGCAGCCGCUUUGGGCGGCUCGGGGAACGGCUGCCUGCCGUGGCCCGGAUCGCUGGAGGAAGGAAGAAGAAGACGGGGAGCAACGGCCCCCCGGCGCCCCUCUAAACCGGGCUUCGGGGGCACCUGCGCUCGUCUGCUCGACUUUCCCGCAGGCGCUCGGAUCCGGCCGGGAAGGAAAAAAGCGGGGGGAUCCUUCGUGCUGCCCCUCCGACAGGCUGAUGGGGACCCCACCUACUCUCCGGCUCCCCGACUUUCCUGGAGCUCGGUAGCUGAGAGAGGCGAGGAAGAGGAAGAGGAAGAGGAGGAGGAGGAAAGAAGGGCGAGGGUUACCCCUUCCUUGACCCGGGACAUUGCCCGCGUCCCCCGGCCCCGCUCCCUCCCCGCCGCCCCCCAGCCCCUCCGGAUGGGGCAGGCAUGGCCGCAUUAGCCAGCUCCUUGAUCCGGCAGAAACGGGAAGUCCGCGAUCCGGUCGCCAGCCGCCCGAUCUCCACCCAGCGGAAGGUCUGCCCGCGAGGGACCAAAUCCUUAUGCCAGAAGCAGCUUUUAAUCCUAAUCUCCAAAGUCCGGCUGUGCGGGGGUAGAAAAGGCCGGCUGGAGAAACCCCCAGACCCGCAGCUGAAGGGCAUCAUCACCAAACUCUUCUGCCGGCACGGCUACUACCUGCAGGCGCACCCGGACGGCAGCAUCGAGGGCACGCGGGAAGACGGCAGCGGGUUCACCUUCUUCAACCUGAUACCAGUGGGGCUCCGAGUAGUGGCCAUACAGAGUACCACAUCUGGACAGUAUGUCGCCAUGAACGCCGAGGGCUACCUCUACAGCUCCGCUCACUUCACCGCUGAGUGCCGUUUCAAGGAAUGCGUCUUUGAGAACUACUACGUCACCUACUCCUCCACCCUCUACCGGCAACGGGAAUCCGGGCGCUCCUGGUACCUGGGCAUCAACCGGGAAGGGCAAGUGAUGAAGGGAAACCGAGUCAAGAAGACCAAGGCCUCAGCCCACUUCCUCCCCAAACUGCUGGAAGUGGCUUUGUAUCGGGAGCCUUCCCUGCACAACCUCUUUGAACAGGCCCUGGCCAAGAAAGCCGAGGAGGGCGAUGGGCCCCCACGGAAGGAAGCCGCCGCCACGUAGUCCUGAGGAUCGGGUGGGGGCUGCCUCUCCUCCUCCACCCAUCCUCCACCCACUCCUGCCCUUGCCGGCCCCCCUCAACCGCCACCGUGAAACACACCAUCCCACGUCUGCGUCUUCCGCUCGGUUCUCAGGGUGGCUCCCCCACCUGAUCAACCCACCUGGCAUUCCUGACUGGCAAAGGAUCAGCUCAGGAGUUCCGCUGACAGUGUGUGUGUGGGGGGUGUAUUUUCCGCUUCUGGGGUGAAGGGAGGUGCUGCCCGUCCCCAGGUGCAGAAGGACGAACCGCCAGGGUCUCCUGUCCCAAACUAUGGGGCCAAGACGGGGCCCAGCUCACAGGGAGAGACCUGCGAGGAGCUGACACUCCUCUCCCCGACUCUGACAGCUCCCAAGGGUGGCUCUUUCUCCAGCUGCUGGGAUUCCCGGCGCCUGGCCCUGGUGGGGGGUGGCCUCCUUCUUCCUAUGGCAACCAGAGACGAUCCUAAGUCUUCCAUGCAAAACGAGACCAAGGGGUUUAUGGUGCUUCCCUCCAGAACGUAACUUCCGAAAACCAUCUCCAGAAGCAUAGAACAAGAGAAAAGGAAACUAUAUAUACAUAUAUAUUCUCUCUCUCUCUCUUUUUUGCCCGGGCAAAGGAACACUUUCUGCCUACGACAGAGGAAUCUUCUGUUUCUUGAAGGGUUCGGGGUUUUUUUCUUCCUUGUUUUUUUUUUUUUUUUUGGUUUGUUUUUAAUCCCUGCUCUCUCCAGCCUCUGGGUGGUGACCUUGUCUUCCUCUCUCCAGCCAUUGCCAAAUUAUCUACGGUUUCACAGCUGACCUCGGGGGACACCGGAUUUGACAGCAGCAGGAAAGCAAGGCGGGGUGUGUGUGUGUGUGAUUUCUUCUUCCAUCAGCUCAGGGAGCCGGGGACCCUCCAUCACCGGGACGUGAGGUCACCUUCCCGCCCCCCCACUUCUCCCCCCUGCAGUUUAAAACAAGGAGGAGGGAGUGGAUUUUUUUUUCUCCCUUCCGCCGAAGAUAAUCCUGCUCUCUGCAAAUUUGACAACGUGCCAAUCAAAAGAACCUCGGAAUCAAUCCAAACGGUGACUUUUUUGGGGGGGGGGGGAGAGGAGUCAAAAUUAGAGGGGGCGGAAUUUGGAUCCUUUCUGACAGCCAAGACUGAAGGCUCCUUUUUUUUGUCGCCUGCUGGAGAGACUGUGGCCGGCCCCCACUCCCCCUCCCCAAAUUGGGCGACGCCGCUCGGGACUAUCACUGGGGGGGGGGGGGGUGGAAGAGGGGAGGGCAGCCCGCCUCUCUCCGGCCGCAUCCCCGUCCUUGAAUCGAGAGAUCCCGGGAGAAGUGCAGUACCUUAUUUUGGCCACUGAGUGGCAGCACUCUCGUCCCGGCGCUGGGCUGCGGGGAAUCGCUCGC